CGGGACUCGGAGGAGGGGAGCCGCUCGCUAACGUCUGUGUGUCGGCUCCAACAGUUUGCUAUCACCCGAAACCAUGGGCCUGAUGUAGCCGGUUGUCCUCUCCUCUGCAGUGAAGGAAAUCCUCUCCAGCAUCGUGAACAUGGACUGAAGGUAAUCCACAAGAGUGAGUCACACUAGGCUGAGAGUCAGGCUGAUGGUAGACCAUCAUGGCCACUUGUUCCUGAAUCAAAGAUGCAUGCUCCCUCUUUGGACUCAUCCCUCUGACCGACACUGAGCCGAUGCAACCCUCCAUCAGACAGUCCCAUCUCCACUUCCACUGUACUCUACUGUUUGUAGUCGUCUCUCCAUCAGUCAUUGUCCCGGUCUGACCCUCUGCAUGUCUUAGAGAGAGAGAGGGGGGGAAGUGUUAGCUGACUGUUUGAUAGGACAAUUGCUCCCUGCUAUUCAUGAGAGUUCAGCAGGGCCACAUGCAGCAGGGGGAUGACAGUCAAAGGGAGCCAGAGGGGGUGGGCCCCAGUUCUGGUCCUGAGAAUGCAGGAGGGUCACAAAGCCCCGGGUUGAAGAGGGCCUCAUCCCAGUCAGAGCCCCCCUCUCUCAGUAAGAUGAGCCAAAACGCCAGGGAGAGCAUUGGGGUUCUUGGCCAGGGACUGAAACAGCUGUUCCAGCAGCAGCGUAAACGCCUGUCCCUCUCUCGCUCCGCCAUCCCAUCUUCGUCUUCUUCCUCAUCUUCUUCUGUAGUGUCAGCAGGUGGCUCCUCCCCCUCUGCUCACGAGGAUGCCUUGGGGUCCUGCUAUCCAGAAUCUGACCACCUCUCUGCUCCUGUGAUUCCCUCCGCAGCUGGCCAGGGCUCAGGCGCUGCGGCCAUGAUGAGGCGUGGGACCAGCCUGCAGAGCCGCCGCAGUAAAGGGUCCGGGUCGGGAUCUGGGAGCGGAGACCGAGACCCUCUGCUGAGAGGUAGCCCCCAGGCCCGGCACCGCCGCUACACCCACGAUCCACAGCAUCACAUCAGCCGUCCACGCUCCUCUUCCACUACUGACACCACCCCCAGCAGCCCCACACCGGGAUACACUGGAGGGGACGUGGUGCUGUCAUCAGGGUACCACUCCACGGAGGAGACGGACAGGAUCGAUCGGCUGGAAGUGAGCGGACUGGGUCAAACACCCCUGUCUUAUUCAUUAGGGGCAGACGGUUCGAUCCCAGGGUGUGAGGAUUGCACCCCAGACCCUCAGCGCACAAAGCAGGCCAUUGCCCAUCUGCAGCAGAAAAUCCUCAAGCUCACGGAGCAGAUUAAGAUCGAGCAGACAGCCAGAGAUGACAACGUGGCAGAGUACCUCAAACUGGCCAACAAUGCUGACAAACAGCAAACCACACGUAUUAAGCAGGUUUUUGAGAAAAAGAACCAGAAGUCUGCGCAGACCAUCCAGCAGCUGCAAAGGAAACUGGAGCACUACCACCGGAAGCUACGGGAAGUCGAGCACAACGGUAUCCCCCGCCAGCCCAAGGAUGUUCUGCGGGACAUGCAGCAGGGCCUGAAAGACGUCGGGGCCAAAGUCACAGGCUUCAGUGAAGGUGUGGUGGACAGUGUGAAGGGGGGCCUCUCCAGCAUCUCCCACGCCACCCACUCUGCAGCCGGGGCCGUUGUCUCCAAACCCCGGGAGAUCGCGUCACUGAUUCGCCACAAAUUUGGCAGCACUGAAAACAUCCCCUCACUUAAAGACUCUUUAGACGACCCCUCUGUAGAAGAAGCUGUGACAGGCGCUGGCGGACGUUCACUAGGCAACGCUGCGCAUCAGCUCGAGCCCAGUCCUAAGUAUGGCAGUGAGGACGACUGCUCUAGUGCUACUUCGGGCUCAGCGGGUGCCAACAGCACCACAGGGGCCCCCGGAGGUCCCCCGAGUUCCAAGGGCAACACACUAGAGAGGAGCCAGAGCUCCGGCCUGGACAUGCUGCUGCAGGAGAUGCAGGAGCUGAGGGAGGGCCAGACCAGGCUGGAGGAGAACCUUGAUGGUCUGAAGAGCCACUAUCAGAGGGACUACUCGGUUGUUAUGCAAGCGCUGCAGGAGGAACGCUUCAGGUGUGAACGUCUGGAGGAGCAGCUGAACGACCUCACAGAACUUCACCAGAAUGAGAUCCUCAACCUCAAACAGGAGCUGGCCAGCAUGGAGGAGAAGAUCGCAUACCAGUCCUACGAGAGAGCCAGAGACAUACAGGAGGCGUUGGAGGCGUGUCAGACCAGGAUCUCUAAGAUGGAGCUCCAGCAGCAGCAGCAGCAGGUCGUCCAGUUGGAGGGGCUGGAAAAUGCCACAGCCCGGACCCUCUUGGGAAAACUUAUCAAUGUGCUGCUGGCCCUUAUGGCUGUCCUUCUGGUCUUUGUCUCAACUGUGGCCAACUGCGUGGUCCCCCUGAUGAAGACACGCUCGCGCUCGCUCUCCACCCUCCUCCUCAUCCUCCUGCUGGCCUUUCUGUGGAGGAACUGGGAGGCUCUCUCGGGGUACACGCACCGCGCUCUGCAGCCCCCCGGAUGACCAGGGGGGGGGGGGGGGGGCCAGCACAUGUUGCUUUGUUGACACCAGGUGAUGUAACUUUAGCUGCGAUCAAGCAGGAAGUAUGAAGAACGUGACUGCCGCUAGAUUGGCUGCGUGGCCGAGCACUGAACAUUCGGCCGGGCCCAUUCGGACACGGAGUCGAGAAGAAGAGGAAGAAACGGAGUGAAGCCGAGAACACUCAUGAUUGUCCCUUAGGAAGGAAGAGACUGUUUACAUUUUUGAAAAUGAACUAUUAUGCUGCUGUCCCUCAGAAUUCAGCAUUGUACUGUUUUAUCUUUAGAGUUUAAUCAAUUAUAAUGUUAUUAUUUCUAAUAAUAUUAUUUUAAUUUCAACGUUAUUUUAUUCAGUACCAUGUAGCAUUACGCUCCUCUCACUACAUGACGGGGAGCCUAGUCAGGAAACUGGGUUGGCGAUUUGCUCCAAAGGCCUGGUCCAACUGUAGAGAUGUGAAAAUGUGGUUGAUUGCCUUUAGGAAGAGAACUCUUACAUAGCUGUGAUUGGUAGAUUUCAACCAUGGCUAUAAACCUUCCUGGGAGUUUCUCCUUUUCUUGCUGUGAUAAAAUGUGUUCGUACAGAACAUUUUGAAGGACUGACCUUAACCCUUGAGUGUCAUGAUGACUUGAGACUUUUUGAGCUUCCUUAUUACAUUUCUAAUGGCAAACAUCAGAUGCUUUUACUUACUUCAUUUUAAAAGUAAAACGAGAAAGACGGUGUUACAUAGGGAAGGUAUAGACAUAAUGGGCCAACUUGCAAUGGUAUGCUGACCAUAGAAGCGGCACAUUAACAUAAACAAAAUCUGGUUAUUGUUAGGCAUCUGCAAUAUUUGCAACAAUGCUGAAUGUUUUUAUUAUAAAAAGACAUAGGAACCAGACUUGUGUUUUAAAAGCAGAGACAAAACCAUUUACCAAGUAAAAUCAAUUUGCCAGGAUAAUUGUACCCCGGCCAUGUUUGAUGUGAUCGGGUCAGGAAAGAGAGACAACUUGUGCUUCUCCAGCUCCACCUCAGUUGGAACAGGAAUGCUGCUUUAUAUCUACAGUGCAAGUCGUCUCCACUGCCGUGUCAGUCCAAUGUGCACUAAUAUACUACUUUUCAUCUAACUUUCUCCCUGCAUUUUAUUUCUCUGGCCGUCCUUUUACACCUUCUAAUGGUGUCAUCACCCAGUGCCAAACCUCACCCAAACUGAGAAGAAAGACGGGGGAGGUUGCUCCGGAGGUCUUGCUUUUUCUUCAGAUAUGUCAUGAAUGUCUUGCCUGGAUGUCAAGGAUGUAUCUUUUUGCAGGGAACAUCUUUUAGAAAAUUCCCAAUCUGAACAUGAAUUUGACUUCAGAUCUUAAUUAAUCUGUUUCUGCACCUAGCCUCCUUGAGUACAGUAACUUGAGAUGGCGUCCAGUCUUUCUUAUUCUCUAUCUGUCUCAUCGAGUCAAGGACACAAUAAGAUGACCUUGCACAUUAAAUAGUUAAUUGUGCAUUUCAUGCUGAGAUGUUGAUUUCCUAACAGAUAGAGAUCAUUUGAAUUGUACAGCUGCACUUUAGCACACGGCUAGAUAACAUGUAAGUCAUGCUGAGGCCAGAGAAACCUUUGACAGACUUCAAAGGUUGUCACUCUUAAGACAGAAGGCCUCGGGGGGGGAUCAGAAGAGUUGUCUCCGGACAGGAUCACUGUCAUCUCUUUCUCGAUAUAAAACCCACAGAGAGGACGCAGAUCUGCUCGAUUCUUCAGGUUGGACAUGCAAUUAAAAUAUUAGAUUUAUUGAUCUUUUUAAAAUGUUGACCUCAGCUUGACCUUGCAGUGACACCAAUGAUGUAGGGCUGUGUGCUAAACCACUCCAGUGCCUUCUGAUGUCCUUUUCUAAGUGUGGAAUAAAUAAAGUGCAUUCCUGACUAACUCAUGAGCCAUCACUA